CAUGAUGCAGCCCGCCGCCGCCGAUCUCAUCGUAGAGAUCGGCGCAGCAGAGAACGACGAGGUCGCCGAUGACGAAAGAAACGGCGGUGCCGCUCGUCGGACCUUCAGCUUCAGCCAGGCUUACAAGAUGAGGCACCGAGAACCAAUGGUGUUCACGAAGUGGCAGACGAUGCUGCUGGCCUACCAAUCCCUGGGCAUCGUCUACGGCGACCUCGGGACGUCGCCGCUGUACGUGUUCUCCUCCCUGGUCCUGCCGGACGCCGGCGAGACGGACUUCCUGGGCGUCCUCAGCCUCAUCCUCUGGACGCUCACCAUAGUUAGCCUCGUCAAGUACGUCUUCAUCGUCCUGCGCGCCGAUGACCACGGAGAAGGCGGCACGUUCGCGCUGUACUCGCUGCUGCGCCAGCACGUGAACUUCAAGGCGAACAUGCCGGUGCCGGUGACGCCGCUGGCGUCCGACGUCAACCUCAAGUUCCACGGCGAGAAAAGAGGAUCGCCAUCUAAGCUGCACCAGUGGUUGGAGAGCAGCUCGAUGUUGCAAUCUGCCGUCACCUACUUCGUGCUGUUUGGAACUUGCAUGACGAUGGGUGAUGGCGCGCUCACUCCAUCCAUCUCAGUUCUUUCGGCCGUCCAAGGAAUCCAAUCAAGAUCGUCGAGCAUUAAACAAGGUCACGUCGUCAUCUUGAGCGUGGUGAUUCUGCUCCUCCUUUUCCUGGUACAGCGAUUUGGCACGAGCAAAGUGAGCAGCUCCUUCUCCCCCAUCAUGCUCGUGUGGUUCGGAUCUAUCGCAGUGAUCGGAGUGUACAAUAUCGCCAAGCACUAUCCACCUGUUCUGAAAGCCGUGUCGCCCCAUUACAUCUACUACUACUUCGCGAGGAACAAGAGGGUCGGCUGGGAGCAACUUGGAGCCGUCAUUCUGUGCAUCACAGGUGCUGAAGCCAUGUUUGCUGACUUGGGCCACUUCAACAAGUCAUCAAUACAGGUGGCGUUUUCGACACUAGUUUACCCAUCCUUGAUCCUCGCCUACUCCGGGCAAGCAGCGUACCUGAUCAAGAACCCCUCCCAGCUAAGCACAACGUUCUACAGCAGCAUCCCGGAGCCCCUCUUCUGGCCGAUGUUCGUGGUUGCCACCCUGUCCGCCAUUGUCGCGAGCCAGUCGCUGAUAUCCGCCAGCUUCUCCAUCAUCCGCCAGUCCGUCGCUCUUGGCUGCUUCCCCAGAGUCACCAUUAGGCACACCUCGGAGGAGUACGAGGGGCAGGUGUACUCCCCGGAGAUCAACUACUUCUUGAUGGUCGUGUGUAUCCUCAUCACCGUCGGGUUCGGGGGCGGACCGGAGAUUGGCCGUGCCUUUGGUGUUGCAGUGAUCUUUGUCAUGCUUAUCACGACUCAUCUGAUGACAAUAGUCAUGCUCGUCAUCUGGAAAGUGCACAUUGCACUGGCCACUUGGUUCUUCUCCGCCUACGUCGCCUUUGAAGGCGUGUACACGAGCGCGCUAAUGAACAAGGUCGCGGAAGGCGGCUGGGUGCCGUUCGCGGUCGCCGCGUUCCUGCUGGUGCCCACGCUGGCCUGGACGUACGGGCGCAAGCUGAAGGCCGAGUACGAGGCGCGCCACGCCGUCGGCGCCGCGGAGCUCAGCGCGCUGGUGGCCCGGAGCGCCCGCGUCCCCGGCGUCUGCGUCUUCUGCACGGACCUGGUGAACGGCUUCCCGCCCAUCGUGCGCCGCUACGCCGAGCACGCGCGCUGCCUCCGCGAGCUGACGCUGUUCGUCACCGUGCGGGAUGUCCCCGUGCGGUCGGUGCUCCCCGAGGAGCGGUUCCUCGUCGCCAGGGAGGAGCCCGCGGGGGUGUACCGGUGCGUCGUGCGGUACGGGUACAUGGACAAGCACGACCUGGUCGGCGACGGGUUCGUCGGGUCCGCCAUUGCCGCGCUCAAGGAGAUCGCCGAGAGCGCCGAGGAGGCCGAGAUGAUGGUUUCGGCUCUCGAGGAUGGUUACAUGUUCGUGUUCGGUAGGACGAUCCUGCACAUGGGCAGCGAGCACAACUGGUUCAAGCGGCUCGUGACCAAUGACAUCUACAGGUUCCUGCAGAAGAACUUCAGGUCCAGCGUCUCGACGCUCAACAUCGAUCAGGCCAAGACCUUGCACGUUGGGAUGCUCUAUGAGAUUUGAGUGACAUUAAUAAAAGAGCUCU